AUGAGCAUGGCCGCCGCCGAUGAUGAGCCAAUGUCGUGGGGCGAGGAUGCACUUGGCUUCGACUCCGAGGAUGACGAGCAGGUACAGGAGCCAGCACCCAGACCUGCGAAACCAGGCGGCCAGACUCCAAGAAUCCUUCCCGACCAUGGAAACACCGACAUCGUCAUGCAGCAUGCCAACUACAGCUGCAGCAAUCUCUCCCUGCCUGGCAAAAGCAGCACUGCCGAUAGAGUCCUGAAUCUACUCGCGCGCGAGACCGGCCUGGCAAAACCCACCUUGCUCGACAAUUACCGGUUGGAGGAAGAUCUAGGCAUUGAUCUGUACUCAGCCUUCGACAUCUUAGGUCAAAUGCGAGAGGAACUUGAAUUGUACAACAUCAGUUCAGAUCUGUUCACCGAGUAUCCCACCAUAGGAGAACUGAAGAGAUACUUCACUGCCAUGGACAGCAGUGCUGUAACUCCUCUGAGCCAAAUCUGGAACGACUCCGAUUCUGAUGAUAGCAUGGACCUUUCAGACACCGAGGCCACAUCAUUGGCACCAACGAGGCAUGCUUCACCGCCGGCUGUGCCAGAUGAAAUGGUCGCGAAAUAUACAGCACUUAUGCGAAGCAUUGUCGUUCGGGAGAUUGAGUUGGCCGAGCACCAAGUUGAUCAAGACAAAGAUCUGGAGGAUAUGGGAAUGGACUCCUUGUUGGCGCUGGUGAUCCUCGGAGAGCUACGGGAAGCCACCGAGAUCUAUGCCCUUCCUUCGAACUUUCUCACCGCCAAUAACACCAUCAAUCUUGUCGGCAAGGCAUUAGCUUUCGAAGUACAACUUGCUGGCAAGUGA